CAUUGAAAUACAAACACAUGCGAAUACGGUACAAGAUAAGAGAACAAACAAAUUAUAUCAUUCAGUUAAACAAAAGAAUUAUUUUUGAUGGUACACGAUGGUACAAUUACGUUUUAGUAUUAUUAUUUUAGUAUUUUUAAUCUCAGACGUUCUCUGUGAUAAUUAUGCAACAUUUCGGUUUGCCAAUCACUAUGCAGAUCACAUGGUGUUACAAAGGUCGCCACAACGCGCAUUUUUGUGGGGAUACAGUAACACUUAUACUACCAUAAGUGUCUCUGUGAAGCAUUCCAGAACUGGUAAAAAACAAACCUAUCGCACUAAAACAUAUAUAGAUUCACGUGGUUUUAUCGCAUGGAAAAUAGCGCUGGAACCGUAUAAAGCUGGAGGACCGUAUGACAUUAUUUGUAAAUCAAACGUUAGAGGAAAAUCAAUUCGUCUACGUGAUGUUUUGUUUGGUGAUGUAUGGUUUUGUAGUGGACAGAGUAACAUGGUGUUUCCUACGUCACAUGCGAUGGAAGCAGAAAAGGAAAUGGAUCUUGCGCAAAGCUAUCCUCAAGUUCGAUUAUUUGAAGUAGGCAGAUAUUUUUCGAAUGUUACAAUACACGAGUUGAAAAUAAAGAGUAUUCAUCUUCAAUGGAGCCUACCAACACCAAAAAAACUGUCAGGAUUUUCAGCAUUAUGCUGGAUGUACGGCAGACGUUUAUUUGAUCAAUAUCAUGUUCCAAUUGGUCUAAUCUCUUCUAAUUUUGGUGGCACGCGUAUAGAAGCUUGGUCGUCACCAGAUAUGUUAAAAAAAUGUAAAGCGUCCAAGAAUGAUCAAAAUUCGCCAUCAGCUCUUUGGAACGCUAUGGUAUAUCCAUUAUUAACUACUACUAUAUACGGGGUGAUUUGGUAUCAAGGAGAAAGUAAUGUCGACCAUCCAGAUACAUACAACUGCACCUUUCCAGCUAUGAUUGCUGGAUGGAGGAAAGAAUGGUACAAAACUACCGGAAAAAGUACAGACUCAAUGUUUCCCUUUGGAUUUGUGCAGAUUGCUGUUAUUGGCAAAGAUUAUCCACAUCCUAAAUUCCCAAUAAUAAGAUGGAAGCAGACGGCAGAAUAUGGAUAUGUACCAAACCCAAAACAGCCCAAAACUUUUAUGGCCGUCGCUAUGGACUUGCCUGACAAUGCCACACCAUUUGAUACUAUUCACCCUCGUUACAAAAGUGACAUCGCAGACAGACUAGUGUUAGGUGCACUUAAUAUCGCUUACAAUGAAGAAACAUAUUGGACAGGUCCUGUAGUUGACAAAGUGAAACUUUCAACAAAUUGUGAUACAAAUUGUGUUGUAACUAUAACAUACAAAAAAGAGACGUUGAAAACAGGUGGAAUUGAAAUUCGGACCAAAGUUGGAUUUGAGAUUUCGUUCAACGAAUCAAACAAAUGGACUGGAUUUGACAUUACAUCACACAAGAAAGAUCGUUUAUACAUCACUAUCCGCAAACAACCAUCAGACAAAAUUACUGCUGUACGAUAUGCAUGGAAACAAGAACCGUGCUUGUUGAAGUUGUGUGCAGUGUACGGGGCUAGAGGAAACUUACCAAGUCCACCUUUCAUUGCAUACGGUCCGUUUCCGUAACUCUUAAUAUUACCAUGUUCUUAAUUUUUCUCUU